GCACCUGAAAGCAGCAUUAGGAGCCGACCAGACGCGCAGAGAGCAGGUACCUCCACCUGCUGGUUGGUCCGACAACUACAGCCAGGCGGAGCAACAUAUUCUUCAUUACCGACCAGUCCAGAUUGAAGGAGGACAGAGAGGCAAGCCGUGAAAGCGAGCAGAUGUGAACCGGACUACGAAAAGAGAACAAGCUGCAGUUAAAGACGGAAGACCUUUGAUACUGCUAAUAUGUGGCAACCCGCUUCGGAGCGAUUGCAGCACUUUCAGACCAUGCUGAAGACCAAGCUAAAUGUGCUGACGCUGAGGAAGGAGCCCUUGCCCACGGUGAUCUUUCACGAGCCUGAGGCCAUCGAGCUCUGUUCCACCACACCGCUCACAAAGAGCAGAAUCCAUGCCGGGUACAAGGUUGCCUACCUGGGUAAGGUGACUAUCUCCGGGACCCAGUUCCUGUCUGGCUGCACAGAGUCGGCGGUGGUGGGUCUUGUGGAGCGUCGUGGCCUUGCUCAGCAGCAGGGCAGCUUCCCCGAAGGCAACUCUCUGCUGGAGAUCCGGCCCUUCCAGGUGCGUCUUCACCACCUGGAUGAGCACGGCGAGGCCUCAGUAACCAUGGACACCUACCAGGUGGCGCGGAUUGCCUACUGCACAGCUGACCACAGCGUCAGACCCAAUGUAUUUGCCUGGAUCUACCGGGAGAUCAACGAUGACCUGACCUUCCAAAUGGACUGCCAUGCUGUGGAGUGUGAGAGCAAGCUGGAGGCCAAGAAAUUGGCACACUCAAUGAUGGAGGCUUUCCGCAAGACUUUCCACAGCAUGCGCAGCGACGGGCGCAUCCACAAGAGUGGCUCAUCGGACGACUUUGCUGAGGACUCGUCCACCCCCGAAGACUCGACCCCAGACGACGGUUGAACUAAAACUCCCCUAAACUCCUGAUCUCCAUCCUAACUAAGCGAGGGGUAACUGGAAGGAUGGACGGAUUACCUGUUCUCUCUCAUUCUCCCACCUACUAUCUCAUUCUGUUAUCAAUUUGGAACAAAAUUAAGUGAACCUGAGAACCAACACACCCAGGAUAAUGAAGUAGCUUUUUAAUACUGUAAAUGGAAGGUAGAUGAAAAUGGAGUUACAAAAGACCUACAUUUACAUGCAGGGAUAGCAAAGUGCUGCCACAUUAAAUAAAUGGCCCUCAAAGACCUACAGGGGUCCUUUAAAGACCUCUGCAAACGCUCUCAAGAGAUUGACUCGACAUUUCUAUCUCCAUUUUCAACCACUGUCGCUCCUGCACUCAGCAGAGACUCUGUUUGUGGUUCUUAAGCUUUUUCACCAAGGAAACAACAACGUUUAGUCCCUGUUCUUCUGACCCCAGCUCAUGACAACCUAUUGCUACACCUGCCAUGUAUGGACCCAGCAGAACAGGCCUGUGACCUAUUUCCGGUCCCAAACCAGAGUUCAUGUAACUGUUGGAGCACAUAAAUUCUUUAAAUGUUUAAUUAUUUGGAUUUCUGUUACAAAGCUUUUGACCUUGCUAUUUGUAAAUGAGGAUGUGGAAAAAAAAAGCUAAGCCUUUAAGCACUAUUCAUUUUAUCACUAUGGUACCUUAGUCCAACCCCAAAAUGAUUGGCCGGCAUGGCUGUCAUGUGAACGAUGGAACCGGAGCUUCUACCGCCAUCUCCAUAUAAUAGGUACUUACAAAUUUAGAGUAUGCAUACGGUACCUGGAAGAAUAUAGGUGCUACAUUGAUGUUUAAUUUUAGAAGUUCUCACUGGGCUGAAAGCCUUGGCCUGUCUGCGACACCUUAAUCAUCUACUUCUGUUUUGAGUAUAUCAAAAUCCAGGCUGGAUUUUGCCUGUCAGAUUAUGUGCUCAGUUUAUGUGCCUCACUUUCCUCUCACAUGAGUUUGGUCUCUUUCCCACGUCCCUAUGUGUGUAUGUGUGCCAACCUUUUCUGUUUUUGUUUUUUCUGCGUGUAGCUGUAAUUGCUUACUUCUGUACUUUGUGUAUAUGAAUGUACACAUGAGUGCUUGUGUGUGUGUGUGUGUGUGUGUGUGUG